CGUUUUCACAUUUGGAUCGAACGAAUACAUGCACCUUUCUUGAUCAUAUUUUGUAUAUAAACACCUUGUCUCCUCUUCAUGACAUCCCUUUAACUUCCACAUCUCGUCAAAAUGGUGUCAGCACAAAGAUCUGACGCGCAAUCCUUCUUGAGCUCAAGUAUAUCCUCCAUCCUAUACAUUUGGAAACAGCAUUGGCCAUUAAUCGUUGGGAUCCCAUUGGUAUUCUUUUCUUAUUUGGUGUACAAGUAUGUUUUGCGUGUUCGUUAUUUCAGCAAAAUCCGUCAUUAUCCUGGCCCACCCCAUGGUCAUUGGCUUUUCGGUCAAGCUCCUGCAGUGAUCGCAUCUGAACCGGGUAUGGCACAAUUGGCAUGGCACAAGAAGUACGGCAAAGUGUUCAGAUUAGCAGGUGUCUUGCCUGGACAAGAAACUAUGAGCUUUAAUUCGUACACCGCUCUCAAGACAAUCUUGGUUGAUAAGCCAUACGAAUUCCCCAAGCCUCCCUUCGUUCGUGAUCUUCUCGGUAUUGCUGCAGGCUACGGUCUCCUGACGCUGGAAGGACCAGACCAUCAAGCUUUGCGUAGAUUUAUGAACCAAGCAUUCUCAUUCAGGUACUUGCAUGAACAAUUUGAACAAUACUACAAACCGAUUAACUCUUUGGUCGAAAUUUUAGAAACAAAGACAAAAGAUGAAAAAGGACAACCUGUAAAAGAAGGUGUAGAGAUGGAAGUGACAAAAUUGAUCGAUUCAACAUUGAUGGACAUCAUUUGCUUAACCGCUUUUGGUUAUGAAUGUGAUAGUUUACAUAACCCUAAACAACCACUCGCACAUUCUUAUCACAAAUUGGUCAAUUUGCAAGAUGGUAAAAAUAUGUUGGCCAUCUUUCUUGUGCUCAUGCUUCCAUUUGGACCGCAAUUGUUGCGUUGGGCAGUCAAACGACAAUGGUUGGGUACUUUGAUGAGCACUUUGGACAAACGAUACGGUAGUGGAGGUAAGCAUGAUUUGGACAAUAUGGAAGAACCACCAAAGUUUUAUACUACAACAUCAAUCUUUAUCGACAGUUUGAACAACGUAAAUCGCAUCUCUGCCGAAUUGUUGGAGACCAAAUUGGCCGAGGCUCGUCAAUUGAAGCAGGCAUCGGGUGGUGAAUUCGCAAUGAACGUCUCUGGAGGAAAGGUGGAUGUUUUGAGUUUGUUGGUUCGAGCAAGCUUGGACGAUUCAAGCAAUUACAAGAUGAACUCUGAUAUGUUACAAGCACAAAUGUUGACAUUCUUGGGCGCAGGUCAUGAGACGACAGCUUCGGGAGCAGCUUGGGCAAUGUGGGAAUUAGCAUGCAACAAAGAUAUCCAACAAAAGUUACGCAAAGAAUGUCAAGAAUUAAUCUUGCGUAAUCAUAAUCCAGGUUGGCAAGAAUUGAACGAGCUCAAAUACCUCAACGCAGUCGUACAAGAAACGAUGCGUGUUAGACCACCAACACCUCAAACUGCUCGUAUAGCAUCAAAGGAUUGCACAGUGGACGGAACAUUUGUUCCAAAAGGAACUCAAUUGAUGAUCCCUAUCCGAGCCGUCAAUUUUGAUGAGUCCAUCUGGGGCGAAGAUGCAAGACAAUUUAAGCCAGAAAGAUGGUUUGAUCUUUCUGAUAAAUAUAGUUCGGUAUUUUCUGUUUUGACAUUUAUUGCCGGCUCGCAUCAUUGUAUCGGAAGGAAUAUGGCCAUUCAAGAACUCAAAGCUAUUCUUUGUGCACUCAUCUCUCGAUUCGAAUUUGAACCGGCUCAAAGUGAACCACGUGAAAAGAGUGCAAUCACAAUGAAACCUGAUGGUGGUUUACGAUUGAGGGUGAAAUUGUUAGACAUGAAAGAUUGAAUCGUUUUUCCCUUGCUAAUAUUAUGCUUCAUGACUGAGGAAUUUUAUGUAUCUUACCAACUCUUCUUUUCAUUGCCUUCUUAAUACCAUUGGAUUG